UGUAUCAGAAGAAGGGAAACUGUAAUGGCAGAAUCGCUGGCGAGUUUUUCCCAGUUUGUUUGCAAUUAAAGCGCGAUUGUUGCGCGUUCUAAUCGCGACAUUUUGCCCGCACAUUUUCCGGCCGUUGCAAGCAGUGUUUUCGUGCAAUAUUUCCCCAAUUAGUGUCUGUUUUUGCAGUUCUCCCCGGGACUUUGACAGAACGGACAGCCGUCGCGGAGUGCAGUUUGACGACUCACGACAAAAGCCUGAAAAUCCAAUAAAAAGUUGAGUGAAAUUCCGAUUUAUGAAUGAAACCCGAUCCGUGAGCUGCUAAUAGUGUGUCAGGAGUGUUUCGGUGCAGUUUUCAGUGAGAAUCGAGCGAAGUGCGAUGAAUAUUGAAUGAGGGAGUUUUCGCCCUGGCCAACCUGCCCGGACCAGCUCCCCGCCGAUUCGUGAGGACGUUGAUCCUUGCCGUGGACCGUCUUGUGGUGUUUUUUGUUGUGUUGCAGUGUUUUAAGCCAAAGUCCAGCCGUGAAAUGGGCUCGAAUGCCCGCUGCCCGCCACCUUGUUGAUUGAGCUCGUGCAAAUAUUACUCCAAAGUUUACAAUGGAGCAAAGUCUACCCGAGGAAGGUAUUCAGGCGGAAAACGCUACUUCGCCAAAAGUGGAUGGAGAUGCGGAGCCGCAAAGUGUAGAUUUGGACAAAGGGGAUAGUCCUAAAAUUGGGAAUGAUGAUUCCGCUGCGGCCGAGUCUAAACACACCAGCGAAGGCCAGGAUGAGGGAGAAGCGCGCCAAGGGAUAAAGCGCAAGUCGGAAGAUGUGCAAGCUGAGGACAGUAAAAGGAUUCUAUUGGAAGAGGAUAGCAUUCAAAAGGCCCAACACACUCUUCAGCCACCCUUACCUGAAGGACCUUUUCAGUCAGAAGUCGCUACGCAGCAGGCACCCGCAUACUUCAAUGCCACUUACCCGCAGGCUUACGAGUCGCAAUCGUUUGUCCCGCCACCGGAACAACAACCAUAUCAGGAGCAUUACGAGCAACCACGACCAUACGAAUCUCCCCAUCCUCCUCCACCAGUUGAUGAUCGAAAUUCGCAAUCCGCCCAUGAGUCCCCCGAGGCACCUUCUUACGCAAAUUCCCCGUCGCAACCACCUCCCGCUUCGACAGAUCCGACUGAAUCUGCUAAAGAAAUCUCCGAACCAAUCGACAUUCACGAGAAGCUUCGUGAAAUGGGCGAGAUCAGCGUUAAGCCCGUCUCCAAGACAUCCGAGCCUGGCUCGACGCUGACAAAGUCCAAUGAGGAGGAAAAUGAGGUCUCGGUGGAAAUCAAAAAGAAAUCUGCCGACAACGAUGCUGAGGUGAAACGCAUCACAAAUCUACGUAAAAAUAUCCGUGAAGUCAUGGAUGAGAACCAGUUGGACGCGACGACGCUUGCGGCUCAGCGCCAGGAGUCUGAGCGUCUGGCGCGAGUGCAAGUCCAGCAAAAAAUCAUCCGCGAACUGCAGCGACAAAUGGCCGUUGAGCGGCAGAACAAUCGCACACAGAAUCGAGUGUUGUCCUUGCUGCAGGGACAAACCUCGAUUCUGCGAGGGUCUUCCACAACCCUGGAGAGGGCGACGUCCCAAGCAGGUCAAUCAAGCCAGCCCGGAACGAGUCCUUCUGAUAUGUACAUCGUUAAAGGAGUAGCUUCCGAAGUCACGUUCAAAGGUUCCAGCUUCGUUGACGUUGAUAAACUUUCUGCAGGCAAUCUAACGCCGUCGGUCAGUAUAGCUCCAGUGCGCAGGAUGAAAAGCUUAGAGGACUCGGACAUGUCCGACGAGGAGUCCAUGAGUGAGGAAUCAGACAAGAAAGAAGUUGUCGAAAUCGUCGAUAGCUCGUCAGAUGAUGAUUGCAUCGUUCUAUCAGACGACGAGGAAGAAGAGGAGGAGCCAGAAGACGACCCUCACAACAGUGGACUGCACGUGAAGGAUGCGUACAAUAUUCCUGAUGAGCAAGGACGUGUUCUCAUCAACAUUGGUCACCCAGACAAUGAGGAGGACAUCUUUCUUGCUCCCCAGAUUGCGCGCAUCAUCAAACCCCACCAAAUCGGAGGCGUCCGAUUCCUCUAUGACAACAUAAUCGAAUCGACAGAGCGCUUCGACACUUCCACCGGAUUCGGUUGCAUUUUAGCCCAUUCCAUGGGUCUAGGGAAAACAUUGCAAGUUGUUUGUUUCUGUGAUAUAUUUCUAAGGCACACAAACUCCAAGUCCAUUCUCUGCAUUCUGCCCAUUAACACUCUCCAGAACUGGAUGUCAGAAUUCAAUAUGUGGCUCCCAGAGGACCCUGAAAAAAGUCCUAUGAGUGCGCACGGAGAAGUACGACCAAGAAACUUCAAAAUUUUCGUCCUGAACGAUCAGCAGAAGACCCUCGGGGCACGGUCGAAAGUCGUCUUAGAAUGGGCAAAAGUCGGAGGAGUUCUGCUUAUCGGAUAUGAGCUGUUCCGUUUGCUGAGCUUGAAAUUGGCAAACAAAAAGAAAAAGGGGAAGAAAGGCAACCCCGAGAAAGAAAAGGCCGAGACCGAGGCGCACAAACGGACUAUGGAAGAAAUUCACUCGGCCCUCGUCCGACCCGGACCGGAUUUGGUUAUUUGCGACGAGGGCCAUCGGAUCAAAAACUCGCACGCAAGCAUUUCAGUCGCUUUGAAGCAAAUUCGAUCCAAACGGCGUAUUGUCCUCACUGGGUAUCCGCUGCAGAACAACCUACUCGAGUACUGGUGCAUGGUGGACUUCGUGCGACCAAAUUACUUGGGCACAAAGACAGAGUUCGCAAACAUGUUUGAACGACCAAUCCAAAACGGGCAAUGCAUUGAUUCCACCCCUCAAGAUAUUAAGCUGAUGCGUUACCGCGCUCAUGUAUUGCAUUCCCUUCUCGUCGGUUUUGUGCAGCGAAGAUCGCAUAUUGUUCUUCAAAAUUCACUGCCACAAAAGGAAGAAUACGUAAUCCUAGUUCGAAUGACUUCCUUCCAGCGAAAACUGUACAAUACAUUUAUGAAUGAAGUCGUGCGUACGAAAGCCGUUCCGAAUCCGUUGAAAGCGUUUGCUGUUUGCUGCAAAAUAUGGAAUCAUCCCGACGUGCUCUACAACUUCUUGAAAAAGCGAGAAGCGGACUUAGAUUUGGAGUUGGAGGAAGUGGAGACACCUGAGUCAAAUCCGGCUACACCAGCCACUCCCGCUACUCCCACUACUCCCGCUACACCCACGACAAGUAAUCGAGGCAGGAAGAAAGGAACGCCCAAUAAAGCAACAAAGGGAGUGAACAAAAAUGGAAAAACUAUUCCAGCAGUUGAGGUUCAACCGAAUCAAGCCAAAAUUCCUUCUCAGGCGGUUGAGAACUCUCCUGUGAAGACUGAGCCUAAAACUGAGACCGAGUCAGUGUCACCAAAAAGUUCUAAUCCCGAACCAAAUGUUACUGAUUCUUCUCCAUUCUCUACUGGUGACCAAAGCAUGCCACCGCCUGCAACUGUUCCACCACCUCCUCCUCCUGUAGUUCCUCCGACCGACCAUCCCUAUCCACCAGAAAACACAUUUGCUCCGCCUCAACCACAAAGCUAUCCCGAAUCAGUACCAAAUGAUUUUCCUCAAGUCACAGAUCCCUCACAACCGCCCCCUGAAUAUCCUUCUCAACCUCCUUCACAUUUGCCCCCACAACUUCCACCGCAUCUGCAAUCUCAACCACCUCCGCCAUCAUAUCAGAACCCGCCCUAUCCAAACAACUACAACCCCUACAAUCCCUACGAGUACGAUAACUACUACGGGCAACAGUACGGAAAUAUGUACCCGCCGCCGCCGCAGCAGUAUCAGAACAGCCCUUAUGAUCCCUCCUACAUGUCCAAUCCGCAAAACAAUUAUUGGCAAAACAAUUACUAUGGCUACAACAACACAAAUCCAGUGAACAUGGAUCCUUACGGCCAAGUUGACGCAAGCUACGCAAAUCUUGUCCCGAAAGCAACUGAGUCUUUCGACAAUUCCAAACCCCCAUCGGCCGAGGAGAAAUCGUCUGAAAUAGUCGACCUCGACACGAAAGAAAUCAAAACAGUGGAAGCUCCAAUUGUCAAGGAAGAAAUCAAACUACCCGAGGAUCAGGAGCUCGGAUUGAAAAUCAAACAGGAAAACGGAGAUAGCGAUGUAAAAGAUGUUAAGAACGGACCGGCGGCAAAAGAGGAGAAAGAUGUGAAGGAAAUAAAGAAGGAAAAGGAAGAAUUAAGUGAAGAAUCAAUCAUUACAGCAACACCAGAAAAGGAUAAAGAGACUUCGCGUUCCAAGGAUGAUGGCAUUCCUUACGAUUGGGCGGUGGAAUUAAUGAAGGGAUAUGUUCCUGAUUUGCUUGAGAAUUCUCCGAAAAUGGUGAUAUUCUCUCAAUUGCUUGAAGAAAGUGUUAAGAUGGGCGACAGGAUAUUGGUCUUCAGUCAGAGUUUGCUGACACUCAACUUGAUUGAAAGGUUUUUGCAGAGAACUUCAGUUCCCGGUUGUGAUUUUAAUUGGGCGAAAAAUUCAACAUACUUUCGUCUCGAUGGAUCAACGUCAGCGAUCGAACGCGAGAAAUUGAUUAAUGAAUUCAAUGCAAAUCCACAUAUUCAUCUUUUUUUGGUUUCAACACGAGCUGGAUCGCUCGGGAUCAAUUUAGUUGGAGCCAACCGCGUGGUUGUGUUUGAUGCAAGUUGGAAUCCAUGCCAUGAUACUCAAGCUGUGUGCCGAGUUUAUAGAUAUGGUCAAAAGAAACCAUGCUUCGUCUAUCGUAUCGUCAUGGACAAUUGUCUCGAAAAGAAAAUCUACGACCGUCAGAUUAACAAGCAAGGAAUGUCAGAUCGCGUUGUUGAUGAAUGCAACCCAGAUGCACAUCUUUCCAUGAAGGAAGUCACAAACUUGUGCUACGACAACGAAGAAGAUGGCGAAGUGAAAGAUUUCACUGAAUGCAAAGAUAAAUAUUUGGAUGUUAUCAUGCAAAAGAUUAUCGAAUUGCACAGUGAUUUGUUGUCAAAGGAACCGUUUCAUCACGAAAGCUUGCUCGUUGAUAGAAAGGAGAAGAAACUAUCUCAAGCAGAAAAGCGUCUCGCUCAGAGAGGCUAUGAAAUGGAGAAAAGAGCUGCGGCCAAGCCAGCUUAUGUGUAUCAUUCUAUGGGUACACAGUAUCGUAUUAUGAAGACGCCGGAUGGAUCAAUCGUUCACAGGCCUGUGGCUUCGGUUCGACCUAUGCAAGCUGAGGGAGGAGAUAAAGGUCAUAUCACAAGGCCUGGCGGCGUCCGACCUACGCGAUGGAUUCCAGCUGAAGUAUGGCAGCGUCAAGGGAUGACGGCUCAAGAAAUGACUUUGCCGUUGGAUGUCGUGAUACCAACCAGUUCCGGUGAUAAGUCCAACAUUGUCCUUAAGGCAGGACAAAAGGUAAUGGUCCUGAAAUCGCCAAAAGGAAUUUACAUGCAACUGGAGACAGGCAAGAUCAUUGCUAUCCGGACAUCUUUUAAAAUGGGCCAAAACCAAAACAAAGAAAAAACAGAGGAAACUGAUGCUGGUUCAUCGAAUCUCCCGAAUCCUGACGAUUUACUUGCGAAACCAGUGCUAAAAGGGGAACAGAGCUCCACGUCACCGGGACAACAGAAUGCCAACAGCAUUGGUGCUGCGAAUAUGAGUAGCGGUAUGAUGCCUGGUAAACAACAACCUUUCCCGAUGGAAGUCAAUCGAAGUGGAAAGAUGAACGGUCCGCAACUAUCUCAAGCAUCAUUCAAAACACACAGCUUGCUUCAAAACAGGAACUUCUCGCCACAUCAUAACACAAAUAAUUCGAAAAACUUCAACGUACAAAAUCUGAUUGAAGGAAAGAGCUCGAGUGGUCAACAAAACGCUAAUAUCUUUUCACAUGCAAAAGGUGCAGAUAUGAUGCUUCCAGAGAAUAAUCGGUCCCUCAGCUCUCCUACGUCAACUAUCAGUAAGGCAAGUCUUUACAAUGCAGCAACCAAAGCGAAUUAUCCUCGCAGUAACUACUCCUACACCAAUGCUUUGAAACAAGCACAAACGCAUGGCAGCCAGCAAUCAUUAUUGGCCAAUGUUAAACCUCAAAUGCAUGAGAACAAAAUGUGGGAACAUAAUAAAAGCCAGAGCAGCAAAAAUACUGAGCCUAAUUUACCCACCAUUACAAUCGACGACGACAUUGAUCCACCUUUGAGGGAGAAAGUGAUUUACAAGCCGAACCUAAUUGAGCGAAAAAUGAAGCAUCAGAACCCCAGAUCACCAGCUACCGCGGGUGUUGCAGCAAAUUAUUCCAAACAAGCGCAUGGUAAAAAUGCAAUCCCACAAACUCAAUCCCCUGGGGGUAACUUCAAAGGUGCAGAUAAUCUACGGCAAUUGCAGAACGUAAAACCCUACAACCGCCAGUAUACAGAACAAAGAAAUGGUUCUACAUCAAAUAAAGCACCCGUUGAAGAUCAUCCACAGCCUAAAUCAAUGUCGAAUGCUUCUCCUAAUCCACAUGAUGCUAAAAAUAUGGGAGGACGGGGAAAAAUGCCGUCUAUUCGCAACAUCCCGGCACCGUUUCCAUCUGUAUGCAUGCCAGGUAGUAGCAAGGCUACUACAUCAUCUCAAUCCAAUGUGCACAAUUCUACAGCUCCCAACUACAGCCAGUCAAGUAUGCCACCGUCUUCCCAAGAUAAUGGAGGAACUCACUCGGCACAAACGUAUAGUAGUGUACAAAAUAUGCAACAAAAUCCAGAUAACGCGGAAUACCCAGCAAUGGGUAAAUCUUCAAACCAACGUAAAUCUGAAGGUGGAAAUUCCAAGGGCGAAACCGACAAUAUGUUAGCAAACGAGAAACAUCAAACUCAAUCGCCACCAACAUCGGCAUCUCAAGCUCAGCAGCAAUCACAACUGCAUGCAUCUCAAUCAUCAACUCCCACAUCCAAUCCCACUGUCCCGCACACAAACACCGAUCCACAAUACUCCAACUAUAGUCAAUCGCCACAAAACUCCAACCCGUACAAUCCUGGUUCUAAUGACCCUUCAUUCAACUACCCCCGGUCAGAAGUCUCACCCUACCAACAACCCUAUUCUGAUAUGUACGCUUCCGGCCCGCCUAACCCCUACGGCUACCCUCCAGCUCAACAUCAUCCACCGCCACAGGGAAGUUACCCUUACGGUGCAUAUUACGACCAUCAAAUGUACGGAAACUCAAGCACACAAAAUUACAGUGGCAGUGGUUCUAGUACUAACCCACCUCCCGCUGCUCCCCCUCAGCACGGUCAAUACCAUUAUCCCAAUUAUCAGGCACCUCCCUCCACCCCAUCCCAAUCAUCCGAUCCAUAUAAUUCUUACUACAAUUACCCACCAUACUCCUCGCAAGCGGGUCAGUGGCAACAGUAGGGAAAAACGAGGCUAUUGGAGUGAAUAGAUGAAAUCAAAAAUUGAAAGAAAAAUGUCAUCAUCAUUAGCGGAUUGAAUUGCUAUGAAGGAGGACAUAUUCCGAAGAGGUAAAAUUUAAGUCAGUAUUUUAUGGCUAACACUAGGAUUAAGUGAAUUUGUUCAGAUUUCCAAAAAACAAGAAAUUAAUGUUAUUGAGUAGUGAUUUAGAGAAGUAAGGUAAAUGUGAAAGAGAGAGGAAUGCGAACAGUAGUCAAGGCAAGAGCUAUUCAAAACUUCGUUACAAUAGUGGUCGGUGCUGAACCAAUCUCGGUCAGCACGUCUCCUGCAACAAUACAUUUCCAGGAUCGUUGGCGACUGACUGAUCGUUUCCGCCGAUCCGUGCACAAUAUUCGUCAUCAAAACAGUCUCCUCCCCCAUCUUCACGGGAAGGUUCAUCAUAUCGCUGGUUAGUAAUGUUACUAAAGUAUCCCGAUCCCCGGAACCAAUUCAUUUCCACGGCAUUGUGCAUUGACUGGCGGAACCCUGAAACAUAAGCGAGACUUCUCACAGAUCUAUUUAGAGCGAAUCGUACCGCAUAGUAAAAGUACCCAAAACCGUAAAUAUAUUCUGGUGUUUUAUCAAUAGAACCGCAUGCUAAUAGUAACUAACUCUACAAAGAAAUCUCCCCUAACUGAAUUUUAAAGGAUACAACUCUGGAUCGUGGUAUUGGACAAUUAGCGCCAAAUCUUGUUGUCAGUAUGAACUCAUCCAAGCGUCCGCGCACCAUUCAACUCACACUUUCAUGACUCAGAAAGAAUAGACUAAUUUCACCCACGAACCGACAAUAUAUAUUUAGUGAAAAAGACUGUUCGACGUAAUUACAUAAAGUUUUUAUUAAUUAAAAGGAUAACUGUCUGCAAAUACCAUAAAGUUAAUGUUGUAAAUUAAUUUUCAUAUGAACUAUUUUAAGGUGUCUUUAUUCAAUGCUGGUUUUAGUUAAGUACAUCUUUACAAACUGUGAUUGUUUUUUGAAAUUUUUUUAAUUUUCGAGGAGUACUUUUAAGUGAAAACUAACGGAAAUAAUUAUUAAAAUUAUAUUCGAUGACAUGUGUGCGUUGGAGUCGUAUACGCAUGCAUGCACAUGCUUUAGACUUCCCAUUAUUUUAUUGGAACAAUUUAUAUACAUACAUACACGCCCCUAAACUCAUUCUAGCUACAAUAUUGAUUAUAUGCAAAUCAAGCAUGCAAUUUAAUUGCAGUUCCUCUAGAACACACACUACGCAAGUCUUAGUUGUUCUUUAGUGUAUUUUAACAUGAACUAUUUAAGAAACUACAAUCUAGACGUUUAGUACUAUUUAGAGAAAAUAAAGAAGAAAUUUCAUUAGAAUCGAUGUGUAAAUUCAAUUUAGUGUCAAAUAAAAAACUAAUUAAAUG